CUGUAGCAACACGUUGUCGUACAGAGUCGCAGAGCUCCCAUCAUCCUCGGAUCCGCCUGACAGCUAGUGACUCCAACCAAUAUAGCCGUAUACACAAAGACACGCACUAAGCCGAUGAUGCCACACCAAUACGAAGUCUGGAAAUCCCCGUCGCCGCCUUUAUCCGGCAAGAACAGGUAAAAUAUACGGCCCCCAAACACGCACACGGCUCAACCCAGCUUUGGUCCGACUCCCCCGAGACAUUGUAAAACUUUUGUUUUAUUUCGAGUCAUCCCUACAGUGACUUCAUUUGCGCCAACAAGACUGGCUUCAAUCGCAACCAUGACCGCUUCUUGUACAAGUAUAUAGACGCGCUAUCCAUCGCAAUCCCGGCAAAAGGGCUAGCCAGGGGUCAUGAAACAACCCCCUUGGGUCUUGGCAAUGCAAACUGGUGAUACUUGUAAUCCACCUCUUUUUCUCAGCGUCAUUGUGCAGGGCCCCUCGCUGACCCUGGCUAACAAGCAGCGUCGCAUUCACAGCCAGUUUUUAAAAAUAAAACAUUAAGAAAAAAAGGCUCCUUCCGGGCCGUCUUCUCAAAAAAGAGGAAAAUCUCCGUGAUGAGAGAAGAAGCUUUUGGAAGGUUGGGCUGAAUUCCACGCGAUGCCCAAAGUGGGCUUUUUUCCUCUUUUCUGCAGCGGCUAGAAAUCUAGUGCUACAACCGAUAAGAUGCUCCUUUCUGUGUACUGUACUGUAGCAAUGACAGCAUCCAUGAACCUCCCAUCAAUCUCGGUCAUCAAGGGUUUUGUUUCUGCACUCUUGUCCAGCGGGGCAGAUCGAACGACCAUAGAUGGACCGUGCAAUCCCAAGAAUCCCAAGUCGUCCCAAAGUCCACCGUGCUCAAAUCGCGGAGGCCCCCGAAAGCUUACGCCAGUUGGUCUGUUGUUUGUGCGACAAGGUGCUAGCAGGGUUCCCAUCAGCUGUGACGGUCUUCUUCAUUUCAAUUUCUGUGAAGAAACAAGACAGUUCCUUGUGCCAUCUCCGGUUAAGGAUCAAAGACCCCGAGAGCAAGGGAAAUUUGUAAACGUUUAGCUGUGUCUCGGAGCAUGGAGAAUCAGCUGUUGUGCUCCUCGCCCACAUGUACCCGUAUCUAACUCAGUCAUGGCGCGGUGGCCUCGUCUUGCCCACGAAUAGGACAUCCAUCCACUUGAUGUAAUAAUAAUUCGUUGUGGUAAAAGCCCGUUAAAAUUACCAU